UUUUUUUGGUUCCCAACUAGAGAGAGAGAGAGAGAGAGAGAGAGAGAGAGAGAGAGUUUGAAGAAAAGAAAAUGGUGGCGAUAUCGCUGUACAGAGGGAACCUCCACAGAGUCCCAGACGUUCCACGGCGAUGGCUAAUGCCAACCCCCAAAAUUUCCCUCAAAGACUUCCGAAUCCUCCUCAACCGCCGCUCCAGAGCCCUCUCUCGCCUCCAUUCCUCCUCCACCACCUCCUCUAUCCCUAACCCUAACCCUAAUGUCAAACAAGAAGAAGACGUGAAAGAGAAUGAUUCUCUUCCUCCUCAGCUCGAUCCACCGAACAUUACUAUUACUCGUCAUCCUAAAGAAGAAGAGACUUUGAAGGAAGAAGAGGUCCAAGAGACUUUGAAGGAAGGAGAGGUCAACGAUCGGAAGGAAUCGGAGGGUGGUGAUGGAUCUGAUGCAUCACCGGAUGAGAAAUCGCCGCCUGAAGUUCCUCAAACCGCCACCAAUCCGGUGGAUGCGAUUGCUAAUUCACAAGGCGAAAAGUCGCCGGAGAGGUUGGAAAAGCCGAACCUUGAGUGCCAGACAAACAACAAAGUGGAUGCCUUGAGUGAUAAAGAGAGAAGAAAAAAGGAAGUCGAGGACAAGUUGCAAAUUUUGAAUGCAAAAAAACAUAGUUUAGUACAAGUGCUGAAACAGAUAUUGAAUGCAGAAGAAGAAUUAAAGAGGCGAAAUAGCACACAAGGAAUAGGAAUUCGCCCAUGUAUUCCACUUCAAGUGGAUGCUACAAAUGAUUCUGGGUCGAUGACUAGGCUUGCUACUCCUAGGGCGGGCUCAGAGGGAAACCUUGGUGGUGAUAUGGAAGGAGGAGAAGCUGAUGAUGUUUCAAACCAUAAUAUGCAUUCCCGCCAUUUGCUUCGAAUGAGCAGUACAUCACCAUCUUCUGAUUCUCCUCAUAGAAGGCCGGCCUUUAGUGUGGUUCCACAUACUUCUCGAGUGAACUUGGCUGUUGUUGCUGGCAGUCCAUCACGCUUUGCUCCCACGGGGCACCAAGGCCACCCUGCAAAUCUGCCAACGGUCUCUGUGUCCGGAACAAGUUACAUAGCCUCCUCUCCAUCUCCUUCCCCCGCAGCAUCAGGUAGCACUUCAGCGUUUCGAGACACCAGAUUGCCUAGUCCAUGGAAUUAGAAGCUUUGCUGCCUACAUUUCAUAUCUUGAGGUGAUUCGACCUAUUGAGCCGCUUCUAGAUUGCCUGCUUUGAACUUGUUCAGUAGAACACACCCAGUUUCCAAGCUGUUUUUGCCAGAGCUUAUAGGUCAGAAGCAAGUACAAAUCUCUUUUUUCACUCUUUUGUUUGUUAUCUAUUAAAGAUCCAUGUCUUGUCAGCUACAUUGUUGUUGUAAAUUUAAGCAUGUUGGCUAGUCUUACAGAUACGAUCUGUAAAUGUGUUUAAAGAAAUCAAAUAUGCAGACUGAGUCAGAGUUUCUCCUUUCAUUAUCUUUGUAGUUUUAUGAUC